UAACAUCAGCACAAAUAAUAUCAGUUAUUCAUCCCAACGAGCGAGCGACAACAAACUGAAACUGAACUGAGAGAGUUGAACAACAUUUGUUACUGACUUAGUAGUCCGUAGUCUACUCUAUUCGAAUAGACUGACUCAAGCAGCAAAAUAUAUACACAUAACCAUACACAUUCACACACAAGUCAUCAUCAUCAGAGGCAUCGGCACGGCCAAACGCCGCUCCGACAGUGCAUCGCAACUCGCCGGUGAGAAGUGAAGAGACAAAUAUUUAGUGUUGUAAUAAUGUGCGACCAUAGUUUAUAAGACUUUUUAGUUUAUUUUUUUUUGGAAAAAAAUAAAUUUUUGUAAAAAUAGUGAAAUUUUUUUGGAUUGAUUUUUCGAAAAACAUUUAUUAUGUUGGAAAAUUGUGUGAUACCUCGAAUUAGAACUAAAUUAUUACCCAUAAACAAUAAAAAAUAUAGUGCAUUUCAUAUAAAAUGGAAUCAUGUGUCUUCAGUUUUUUGCAUAUUAAUUUGUUUUGUAUUGUUAACGGAAUCUGUUUAUGCUGCAAAUACUGAGAGUGAUUCUUCAGAUUUGAUAUUCGAUGAUGCACCAAGUAUAUCUGCAACCAAAUUACAACAUCCAGUUAUUCAAGGAGAAACACAAAACGAUGGUUGGUUAAGUCAUAAUUUAAAGCGAAUAAAACGUCAGCUAUGGGGCUGGCCAUUCACUUCGUCUGAAACCACAACGAGUGCUCCGACCACAACAGAAUCAGUGGUAACAGAUGCCCCAGAAGCACCCACAACAAAAUCAACAUCAUUAUUUGGUGGCAUUAAUUUCUUAAGUGGUUUUGGAAAUGACAAAAAAACAAAAACUGAAGAACAACCCUCUUCAACAACUACAAAUGAUGGAUUAUUUUCUACAUUAUUCGCGAAUUUGGCUCGAAGCACGACCACAGAAAAAUCAACAAGUACUAUAGACCAAGAUGUUCCUGCUCAAUUAUUGGAUAACGAAUCCGAAUUAACUGAAUCAAGAGAAAAGCGCAAUUCAAAUGAAGAUGAAUAUAAUAAUUUUGAUCAGGACCAGGAUCAAACAACAGAUGACAUUAACAGUAUUACAGACGAUGAAGAUGCAUUUGACAACUUAGGUCUCUCUUCUGGUGAAGCAUCUGGCGCCAGUCCGACAGAACCGAUUGAAGAAGAAGAUCAAACUUCCGAUGCAUCUUUACAUUUCUAUCGUAUUAGUUUUACAAUUACGGAACCCUACCGGCCAGAGUUUGGUGAGACUAAUUCAGUUGAAUUCCAUACAGUUGCACAAAGCUUAGCACAAGAAGUUAAAUCAUUGUUACAAGAUUUACCAGGCAAAUUUUCAACGCGUGUUAUUAAUAUCGAGCAACGUCCAUCUGAUUUAUUUACAUCGAAAAUAACAUUAGAUGUUGGUGUGCAAGGAUAUGAUGACAAGGAUGAAAUUCGCAACCGUAUUCGUCGGCAUAUUGAACAAUUUCGUAAAUUGGGAACUAUAUCUGCAUCUACGGAAGAUUUUCAUUUCAAGGAUGUGUCAGGUGAAUCUUCAUGUGCUAUUGAUGAAUAUCCUUGUGACGGCGAUAAAUGUUACUCACAGUCUCAACGUUGCGAUGGCACUAAACAAUGUUCGGAUGGCACUGAUGAACAAGGCUGUUUAGACACGAAAAUUGAAGAAUCGAAUCCAGAAGAAGAAGAUGAAGAAGAAACUUAUGAAGAAAACAUUGACCCGGAAGAAGAUUUUGACAGAGAGGAUUUCGAUAGAGAAGAAGAUCUUGAUAGAGAAAAUGAUAGAGAUUCAGAUGUAGAUCGCGACGGGGAAGGGGAACCGCGAAAAGAUAGUCCUACUACUGAGCCUCCAAGACCAAUACCUACUGCAAGACCUACAGAAUCUACACCCGUGACUGAAGACAGAAUCAUACCACAAACAUCGUAUGAAACUGAAAAUCGUGGAACAUCAUGCCGUGGAGAUGAUCAAGUUCGAUGUGCGAAUCAUAACGAAAUUUUCAUUUGCAAGGAUCAAGAAUGUGAUGGUGUAGAUGAUUGCCCUGAUGGAUCCGACGAAAUAAAUUGUGCUGAUAAUAAUCUUGUUUGUAUACCUGGCGAAUUUAAUUGCGAUGAAACACGAUGUAUUGAUGCUGCAAAACAAUGUGAUGGAAUACCUGAUUGCAACGAUGGUACUGAUGAAAAAGACUGCCCUGGUUCAUGCAGAGAAAAUGAAUUCCGUUGUAGAGAUGGCAGUUGCAUACCCGCCUCAAAACGUUGUAACAACGUAGUAGAUUGUCCUGGAGAUGAUGAAGACGAGAAAAACUGCUCAUUAAGCAGUGGAGUGUGUCCUACAGAAUCACAUUUUCAAUGUAGUCGUGAUGAAUGCAUUACGAUUGAUAAACGUUGCGAUGGUCAUUAUGAUUGUAAAAAUUUUGCGGACGAACUCAAAUGUCCAUGUGGGCAUAAUACUUUUAAAUGUGUUGCCGACAAUUCAGUUUGUAUUCCACUUGAGAGGCGUUGUAAUGGUGUUUACGAUUGUUUUGAUAAGUCUGAUGAAAAAAAUUGUCAUGAAAAGUCAGAAUGUCCAAUUGGAACUUUUGAAUGCUUGAUAUCAAAAAAUCCUGACAUAAGAGAUUGUAUUGAUGAGCGUCGUAAAUGUGACAAUAGACUCGAUUGUAUUGAUGGUUCAGAUGAAAGUAAUUGUAAAGAUUUACGUCCAUGCCAGCCAUAUGAAUAUCGAUGUCAUAAUGGUGAUUGUAUAGGAGAAGAUUUAGUAUGUGAUGGCAAUUUUGACUGUCAGUCACAUGAAGAUGAACAAAAUUGUGAUCGACCAACGUCCGCGCCCGCGACAUGUCGCGAUGAAGAAUUUACAUGUGUCAGUGAUAACGAAUGUAUUGAACAGGAUAAACGUUGCGACGGAAUCCCUGAUUGUUUAGAUGAAUCCGAUGAAGAUGGUUGUAAUUUUGAAGAAGAGUGUAAUCCUUCAACCGAAUUUCGUUGUGACACUGAUAAAUGUUUACCACUUGACAAACGGUGUAAUGCUGAAUUUGAUUGUGAGGAUGGUACCGAUGAAGAGGGUUGCGAUCGAUGUUAUGAUGGAUAUGAAUGUACAAAUGGCGAAUGUAUCAGCGAAGAUAAACGUUGCGAUCGCGUUCGUGACUGUAAUGAUGGCAGUGAUGAAGAAGAUUGCAAAUUCGAAUGUCCCCCGGAUCAAUUCCGUUGUAACACUGGUGUAUGCUUAAAUAUACGGCGUCGUUGUGAUGGUACCAAAGAAUGUCCCGAUGGUUCAGAUGAAUUAAAUUGUCCCAAUAAUAAUAAUAAUAAAGAAUUUGUAUUACUUCGUGGUGGAUUUAAUACUACAGACCACGGAUAUGACGACACAGAUGAAUGUAGGGAUGAUGAAUUUAGAUGCAAUGAUGGUACAUGUCUAUUAAAACAAUAUCGAUGUGAUAAAUUUACGGAUUGUGACGACGGUUCCGAUGAGGAAAAUUGUCCAUCUCAAACCGAUGACUGCACCGAUGAACAAUUCCAAUGUAGUGACGGAAAUUGUAUUCCAAAAUAUUUACGGUGUAAUGGUGUUCCUGAUUGUACUUAUGGCGAUGAUGAAUCAGAUUGCCCUACCAAUGAAUGUCCAAGUGGCGAAUUCAAGUGUUUAGAUAAUGAAGAGUGUAUUCCCGAAUCCAGACGAUGUGAUCGUCGCGUUGAUUGUCGUGAUGGCAGCGAUGAGAGAAAUUGCUGCGAACCUUCUCAAUUUGCUUGCACAACCGGCGAAUGUAUUCCACUUGCUAGUAAAUGUGAUAAUGUAUACGAUUGUCCUGAUGGAUCUGAUGAACGGAAUUGCCGCUCUGAUACAACAACAACAACCACAACCACAACUCAACGAUAUUAUCCAAGACGGUGUCCAAGUGGUCAAUGGCAAUGUUCAAAUGGUGACUGUAUCCCGUCACAUUACGUAUGCGAUAGCAAACAGGAUUGUAGUGAUAGAAGUGAUGAGAGUAAUUGCCCAUCACAAACAGACCAAUGUAGACGUGGACAAUUCCGUUGUGAAAAUGGACCAUGUAUCGAUCAAUAUUUACGUUGUAAUGGCCGUGUUGAUUGCCCCUAUGAUAAUAGCGAUGAACUUGACUGUCCAUCUAUACCUGAAGAUGGCGAUACUUCAUUGAAACUACGAACAUAUCCAGAUGAUCAAACACGCAAAGAAGUCAGAAUUAGGCAAGGUGAUGAAGUCGUAUUUCAAUGUCGUGACGAAGGCUUGUUGCGUGCUCGUGUUAAUUGGUCGCGUGCUGACGGUCGACAAUUGCCACCAGGUAGCACACAAGUAAAAGGGCGCUUGGAAAUUCCCAAUAUUCAAAUGGAACAUUCUGGUGCAUAUGUAUGCGAAGCACUUGGAGUACCACCAAACACACCAGGAAAUCGAAAAACUGUUUACUUGCAAGUAGAACCAGUACCUCCUGCACCAACCUAUGCGCCAUCUAAAGUAUGCAGUCCAAAUGAGUCAACAUGCUCCAAUGGUGAUUGUAUACCAAGAAGUAAGGUUUGUGAUGGCAACUAUGACUGUACGGAUGGGUCUGAUGAGUCAUGUACAAAAAUAUGUGAACCAAUGGAAUUCCGUUGUGGAAAUGGUCAAUGUGUCUUAAAGUCAUGGAUAUGUGAUUCAGAAAAUGAUUGUGGAGAUAAUACAGAUGAAAAAGAUUGUGAACAACUUCAAUGGGGCUCACAAUGCCGUGGGUCAGAAUUUAGUUGUCACAGUGGGAAUCAAUGUAUUCCAAAAAGUUUUCAAUGUGACAGUCAUAAUGAUUGUUCCGAUGGAUCUGAUGAAAUUGGAUGUUCACCUAUUUAUUUCACCGUUCGUCCUCCACCAAUGUUGAAUUUAGAAGCUGGCCAAAUAUUAGAAAUCACUUGUGUUGCAAUUGGAGUACCAACACCAUUAAUUUCAUGGCGUCGUAAUUGGGGCUACGUUCCUGAUAAAUGUACAUCAACAUCUGUUAAUGGAACUGGUAUUUUACGUUGUCCUGAUUUUCAAGCUGAAGAUCAAGGAGCAUAUUCUUGUGAAGCAGUAACACGCAAUAAUCGAGAAAUAACUGAUCCAAAUACAAUUGUCAAAAUCAUAAGCGAACCUAAAAUAUGCCCGCGUGGAUACUUCAAUGAUGACGCUCGUGAUUCCUCCGAAUGCAUUUCUUGUUUCUGUUUUGGUGCCACUGACAUAUGUACAUCGGCAGAUUUAUUCACUUAUCAACUACCACCACCGCCAGAGUAUACAAAAGUAGUUGGAGUUCGUACUGAUAGAAAUAAUUUAGAAAUUAGAGACGAACCAAUAUAUCGAGGUCAACAACCUCGUUUAGUACCAAUUGAUGGAUAUGGAGUAUCAGCUCGAUUACCAUACGGAGAAUUGACUCAACCAAACAUAAUUCCAUAUUUAGCGUUACCAGAUACUUAUCUUCACAAUCAAUUAAAAUCAUACGGAGGAUACUUGAAGUAUAACGUUGAAUUUAGAGGAAAUGGUCGUCAAACAACUGCACCAGCAAUCAUUUUAACUGGUAACGGAUACACUUUAGCGCACGAAGGGCAAGCACUUGAGCCAAAUCGUAAUAAUAAUGUAAAAGCUCGUCUUUUUGUUGGUGAAUGGCUAAAAUAUUCACCUUACAGUUCACCGACUGUUGCAACACGAGCAGAAAUAAUGAUGGCAUUAGAAAAUGUUGAUAAAAUCCUUGUUAAGUUAUCGUAUGUUGAUGGUCCAACGUUAGACACCACAAUUAGAAAUCUUGAAAUGGAUUCUGCUGGAGUAAGAAAUACUGGAUUAGGGCAAGCUUCAUACGUUGAAAAAUGUGAAUGCCCUGUGGGAUAUUCGGGAUUAUCUUGUGAACAUUGUGCUUCGGGAUAUAAUCGUCAUUCAACAGGACCAUGGUUGGGUACAUGCACCAAAGAAGUUGAGGUUUGCCAACCAGGAACUUAUGGUGAUCCAGCUAAUGGAAUACCAUGCCAACGUUGCCCCUGUCCAACAACUGAACCUGGAAGACAAUUUGCAAGUACUUGCUCACUUCGCGAUGGACAAGUGGUAUGUGAUUGCCAACAAGGUUAUUCUGGAUCUCGAUGUGAAUACUGUGAGCCCGGAUAUACUGGAAACCCAAUUGUAGGAGAUCCUUGCAGAGUGGAAACCGGACAAUGUAAUGCUAUUGGUUCUCGAAGUCCAUAUCCAAACAGAUAUGGUGAAUGUGAAUGCAAGAUUUUAACUACUGGCUCAACUUGUGAUCAUUGUAAGCCGGGUAGUUUCCAUUUGGCUGCUCCAAAUCAAUUUGGUUGUAUAUCUUGUUUCUGUAUGGGUAUUACGAGAAAAUGUAAAAGUUCCAAUUGGUACAGAGAUACGAUUGAAUCAAAAUUCACAACGAGCGUGCAAGGAUUUGAACUCGUUUCUUCAGAUCGCAAACCAAUCGAUGGAGUUCGUGUGAUUCCAAACUCUAGAGAAAUAUUUUAUAAUGAUUUCUCUAGACCUGGUGUUUAUUAUUGGUCAUUACCAUCCAGAUAUUUGGGUGAUAAAGUAACAUCAUAUGGUGGCUACUUAGAAUUUACUUUAAAAUAUGAACCAACUCCUGGUGGUAUGAGUUCGAAGAAUUCAGCUCCAGAUGUUGAACUGAUUAGUGAGCAUGAUUAUUAUUUAAUGUAUUUCAAUAAAGAAACGCCUCAACCAUCAACACCGCAAACUAUUAAAGUGCCAUUAUUAGAACAAUAUUGGCAACGUAGUGAUGGUCAACCAGCAGACCGGGAACAUAUGCUAAUGGCACUUGCUGACUUGAAAAAUAUUUUAAUCAAAGCAACAUAUACAACAAAUACAAAUUCAGCCAGUUUAGUAUCGGUUUCUUUGGACAUCGCAAAUGAAAUAAGUAGUUUGAACACAUUCAAAAAAGCUUUAGAAGUAGAACAAUGUACAUGUCCAGCAGGAUACCGUGGUUUAUCAUGUGAAGAUUGUGAUGCAGGAUAUACAAGAUCAGAUGAAGGUGGAUAUUUGAGAGCAUGUAAGCCAUGUGAAUGUAACGGACAUAGUUCAAUAUGUCACCCCGAAACUGGUGAAUGUAGAGAUUGUGAUGGUCAUACAACUGGUGAUUUCUGUGAUGAAUGUCUACCCGGAUAUGAAGGUGAUCCAUUAAGUCCACAAGGUUGUCGCCAAGGAUUUGGUUCGCAUAAUUUAACAUGCGAUUGUAAUCCUGAUGGAUCAUUAAGUGAUACUUGUUAUAACGGAGAAUGCAGUUGUAAAGAUAAUGUUGAAGGAUCCAAAUGUGACAGAUGUCGUCCAGGUACUUUUGCAUUAUCGGGAACAAAUCCAUCAGGCUGUACAGAAUGUUUCUGUUCUGGCGUAACUAGUCAGUGUCAUGACAGCAAUUUAUGGGUAGAACAAAUUCCAAUUCAGAUUGAUGAUAACCAUGAAUUUAAGAUUACUGAUUUGCAACGCAAAUAUCCAAUAACCAGUGAUUUUAUUGUAAAUGAAUCAGAAAAUGAAGUUGGUUAUCAUUUCCGUGGUGGUGCUAGUCAUAUGUAUUGGUCUUUACCACCAAUAUUUACCGGUAAUAAAGUCAAAUCUUAUGGUGGUACCCUCACAUAUACGUUGCGUUUCUCUGCUACAUCAAAUGAAUUCACUCCUGACCAAGAUAUUGUCAUUAUUGGUAAUGGAAUUACCAUAUAUUGGUCUAAUAAUUUACGAUCCGUGGAACCAGAUGAACCAAAUAAAAUAGCUGUAUCUCUUGCAACAACAGCGGAAUGGCAACGCAUUGACUAUCAACAAGCCCCUCGUCCCGCAUCCAGAGCCGAUAUACUUUCUGUUUUAUCAAACAUUGAUGCAAUUUUAAUAAGAGCAACGCCAUUUGCAAGUACUGUGGAUACUUACAUUAGUGAUGUCACACUAGAUACUGCAUUAUCAGUACCAAGUGGUCAACACAAAGCUGUCCUCGUUGAACAAUGCCGUUGCCCCGAAGGUUAUGGUGGAUCUAGUUGCGAAACUUGUGAAACAGGAUAUUACCGUGAUAUUUAUGACACAUCAGCUGCAUCAAAUGGUGCUUGCAAGAAAUGCCCAUGCAAUGGCAAUGAAGAGAGCUGUUCUAUUGGUCCAUCAGAAUCAGAAGUAAUAUGUAAUUGUCUAGAAGGUUUUAGUGGUCCAUACUGUACUCCAGAUGGAGAACCAAAUCCCGAUCCACAAACCACCACUCCUGACUCUCGCACAGAAUUACCUCCCACAAUUCGAGUAACGAUCAGAGAGCCUGUUAUAAAAAUUGUGGAAAUUGGAGGUGAAGCACGUUAUAAUUGUAUCGCCAAAUCUUUGAUAACUUCCCAAAAUGUACCAACACGUUGGAUAAAACUUGGUGGAGAAAUUCCGCAUGAACGUGCUUUUGAUGAUAAUAGAGGUAACUUGGUAAUUAAGAAUGUCCGAGUGUCAGAUUCUGGUACAUACGUUUGUCAAGCACAAGAUGACUCACAAAUAGUUGAAGAACGAGCUACAUUAGUUGUUGGAGGAAAUCGGCCCACACGACCGGAAGUAACUAUUUCCCCAAAAUCUUAUGAGAUUCAAGAAGGUCAACCUAUUGAGUUCCGUUGUACUGCUAUUGGUAAUCCAGCUCCUACUUUACGAUGGACCCGAGUUGAUGGACCUUUAAAUCCAAGACAUGAAUUCCGAGAUGGAAUUUUCCGAAUUCGUUACGUCACCAUGGCUGAUGAAGGAGAAUAUAAAUGUAUUGGAUCCAAUGCUGCAGGAUAUGAUGAACAAACAGUGCGUAUUUAUGGUCCAUCGUCUACAGCGAUACCUGUUAUAAAACCACCAACUGAACUAAACAUUGAUAAUGGAACAGAAUUUACGUUAAGGUGUUUAGCACCAUCAAGUCAUAAUCAAGAAAUACGUUGGGAAAAAUCACCUGGUGAAUUGCCGCGAGAUAUAUCAGAACGAGAUGGUGCUUUAACAGUCUAUAAUGCGCAACCUGAAGAUACUGGUUAUUAUACUUGCGUUGUAGAAAGUAGAACAGGUGAAAGACCUACUGUGGGACGUUCAAAACCUGCACGAGUUAUUGUAAGAGUAAUAUCCACUUACCCAACUGUUGUGCCCGUGACACGAGUGGAACCUGAAGAACAAACUAUUGCCCAAGGAACCACAAUCGAAAUCCGUUGUAUCGCAUCAGGAGAACCGAAACCAAAAAUAAAAUGGACUCGAGUUGGUGCUGAAUUUGGUCCAAAUAUCCAACAAUACAACGAUGUAUUGCGUAUAAAUAAUGUUCAAGCUCGUGACAGCGGUGAAUAUGUUUGUAUUGCAGAAAAUAAUGCUGGUUAUAGUAAAUCCACUAGUUUUGUAAACGUUGAACGAGAAGAUCUUCAACCGCCAGUAAUUGAACUUUAUCCUCAAGCUCAUCAAGUGGUUCUUGUAGGCAACAGCGUAGUUUUACAAUGUUAUAUUCGCAGUGGUAGUCCAACUCCUCAAUUAACAUGGGCUCGAGUUGAUGGCGUGCCAAUGCCUCGAGAUGUUGUUGAAACACAAGGUACUUUACAAUUUUCCGGAAUUACGCGUGAAGCUUCUGGUGAAUAUGUAUGUACUGCUCGAAAUGAGGCUGGUGAAACAAAUGCUAUUGGUGUAAUUGAAGUACAAUCAAAACCGGAAAUUACAAUUCAACCACCUGGAGAAAGAAUUAUUUUGAAAGAGGGUGAACGUUUACGUUUAGAAUGUCGUGCUAGAGGUGAACCUCAGCCAACAGUCGCAUGGUCAUUUAAUCCCAGACAAGAAAUCGGAUUAAGACUAAAUAAUGUCAAUGUUGAACGGCAACUAACUGCAGUUCAUGAAAUAUCUGCUGUAACCCGAGAUGACCAAGGUUUGUACACUUGUGUCGCUAGAAAUCCUGCAGGAAUUACUGAAGAAAGAAUUGAAUUAAUUGUUGAUGAUAAUGAAAUUGAUAAUGACAGAGGACCUGAAAGAGGAGAUAUUGGAUCACAAGAUAUUGUUUUACGCCCAGAAACGCCAGAAUCAUUAAAUGUUUCUGCAAAUACAAAAGCUGUAAUUAGAUGUCGUACUGGGGCUGACAAAUAUGGACAAGCAGUUCGUUUACGAUGGGUGCGACCAGGUGGUGAUUUACCACCAAACUCUACAGAAUCAAAUGGUAUACUAACUAUUAACAGAGUUACAAAGGCUGAUGAAGGCAGAUAUUCUUGUGUCGUUUACAAUCCAAAUGGUGAAAUUUUAUUCACUGCCAAUACGUACUUAAAUGUUCAUGAUCUUCCACACAUCACUUUAUCACCGAAAAGGCAAAUUGUUCGACCUGGAGACAACGCUUUUAUAUUAUGUGAAGCAGAUGGUACAGGACCAAUAAACCUUCACUGGUCAGCACUCGAUCGUCCUUUCCCACGCACAGCUGUUGCACAAAACGGUGAACUACGAUUCUAUCGAAUACAAGUCUCAGAUGCCGGACGUUAUCGUUGUACAGCUACCAGUCCAGUUGGAACAGCUGAUUCAGUAGCUGAAGUUGUAGUCAAUGAAAUAGUACGACCACCAGUUAUAUCCGCAAUAAAUCGAAAUGUCGAACAACCAGAAGGUGUAACAGCUAGUCUCGAAUGUACAGUUCAAGGAAAUGAUCAAGAUUCGAAUCGUCCACAUAUUUCUUGGAAUCGUGAAGGCAAUAAUCUUCCAUCAAAAGCUAGAAUAGAAGGAUCAAAAUUAAUCAUUGAAAAUCUCGAACGUUCUGACGAAGGAAGGUAUGUUUGUCAAUUAUCAACGGGUGGAAGUGACUAUAUUAAUCUGAUUGUCACACGUUCAGAAUUAUUACCUCCCGUUUUAAACAUUGAGCCAUCAUUAUCAACGAUACGAUCAGGUAAUACAGUUGAUUUACGUUGUGUUGGAGCAAAUCCAGGUUCUAGUAUAAGUUGGAGAAAAGAUCGUGGUCCAUUACCACACAAUUGUCAGACUAGAGGAGAGUUAUUACGAAUAGCAUCUGCACGGCCUGAUAUUAAUAAUGGUUUAUACACUUGUGAAACAUCAGAUUCAUCUGGAAAUUAUAAUGUCGAUUUUGUAUUAAAUGUUGAACAAGACGAAACAAAUGGAGAGGAGGAACCAGCAGAUUUAAAUGAGACAAUUCCACAAAGAGGCGCACCAGAAAUAACAUACGCAAAACGUGGAUCAUCCAUAACAAUGGACUGUACCACUGAUUUAAGAGAACCAGUCGAUUAUGAAUGGUCAAGACAAUACGGUACAAUACGUGACCCAUCAAACACUGCCGUUUUAUACAUUCCAAAUAUAUCAGUAAACGAUGCUGAUACGUAUAUAUGUCGAACAACUAACGAUCAAUCAACACUAGAAACACGUAAUGUAUUAGUUGUCACCGAAAUCGUUCCAUACUUUGGACAAAGUCCAUUAAGUUAUUUAGCAUAUAAACCAAUUAAUCACGGUGCAUACCUCAAAUUUAUUAUCGAAAUAUCAUUUAAACCAACAAUGUUAGAUGGUAUGAUUUUGUACAACGGACAUAAACCUGGAUCACCAGAUUUCUUGUCAGUAUUCCUUAAGGAUGGUAUACCAGAAUUCCGUUUCAAUUGUGGAUCACAAACAGCUAAAAUUCGUGGAGAUCGAGCGUUAGAAUUAGAUCAAUGGCAUACUAUUAAAAUUUCACGAAUUCGACGACAAGGAUAUAUGUAUGUAGACGGUUAUGGCCCAUUCAAGGGUAUUGCAAUGGGUAAACAUCAAGGUCUCGAUUUACUUGAACCACUGUUUGUUGGUGGUAUUCCAAACUAUAUACAGUUGGCAUCGGAAGCAGGACCAAAUACCGGAUUUGUAGGUUGCAUCAGUCGCUUGGUCAUCAAUCACGUUGAAUUUGAUUUACUCCAAGAGGCACACGAAAAUCAAGGUGUUACAAAUUGUGAAACAUGUAGUGCAUCCGAAGAUAUAUGUAAAAAUGGUGGAAUAUGCCAAGAAGCAUUAACGAAAACUGGACAUAAAUGUAUAUGCCCCCCAGGUCGUACUGGACCUCAUUGCGAGCGAACCGGACAAUCCUGUUACGAAGGUAUCUGUGGUGUUGGAAAAUGUAUUGAAAAUCUGAAUGGUAUUGAAUGCCAUUGCCCGUUAAAUAAAACUGGUGAACAUUGUGAACAAACCAUAUCGAUUACUGAACCAGCUUUUGCUGGAGAUGCUUACAUUGCAUAUCCCACGCCAAAGCCAAAAAAACUUAAAAUGUCGUUACGAUUUAAUCCAGCAACACUAAAAGACGGAUUAUUAUUCUAUUGUGGUGAAAGUGAGGAAGGUAAUGGUGAUUUUACAAGUUUGGCAAUUAAAGACGGGCGUUUAGAAUUUAAAAUCGAUACCGGUACUGGGCCAGUAACUGUUCGAAGUAAUUCUGAAUUAAAACCAGGUAAAUGGGUGAUUGUGACCGCAAUGAAAAUGGGAAGUGAGGUACGCCUAAUGUUAGAUGGUGAGAGUCCAUUAUCUGUUAAAUCAACGUCACAAAAACCAAUCAAUUUACAAACUCCAUUGUAUGUGGGUGGUUUUGAUAAACAACGAGUUACAUUAAAUAACAAUGUUGACGUUAAUUCUGGGUUUGAAGGAUGUAUUUCUGGUGUUGAAGUUUCUGGAGAGAAUUUAGUUUUAGUUACAUCGGCUGUUGAUGCUGCAAAUGUCCAAGAUUGUUCAAAUAUCCAACCACGAAAUCCAUAUAGAACAAAUGAUUAUGGGGAAUCAGAAAAUAAUAACCGGCGACCAAGUAGACCACCACGAAAUCCUUGUGACAGCAGUCCUUGCACAAAUAAUGGACGAUGUCAUCAAAUCCGUGAAGAUGAAUUCUUCUGUACAUGUAUAGAAGGAUACACUGGCAGUCAUUGCGAAAUUGCACCAAACAUGUGUGAUAAAUUAAGACCAUGUCAAAAUGGUGGAACUUGUUCAGGAUCUGAGACUGAAUACAAAUGUGAUUGCCCAUUGUUUUACUCCGGCAGAAAUUGUGAACAGCGUGUUGAAAUAAGAAGUGAUGCCCGCUUUACUGGAGAUGGUUAUUUGGAAUUAAGCGGUGAUUUAUUACGAACUGGUCUACAACCUGAAAAACAACAACAAAUUGCUCUUCAAUUUACUACUGCUAGUUCAGAUGGACUUCUACUAUGGUAUGGACAAGAGCCAAAUGUUGAUGGUCGAGAUCGUGAUUAUAUAUCAAUGGCUGUCGUUGGAGGAUAUUUAGAAGUAGCAUGGAAUGUCGAAACCAGAUCAACAAAUAUAUUGUAUGAUAACCUUCGAGUUGACGAUAAUGUAACACAUACAGCAAUAUUUAAACGUGAUGGUAGUUAUGGAAUUUUGGACAUUGAUCAUACUAAAGAAAUGUUUAGUGAAUUAGUGGAUGCUUAUACCGAUAAAUUGCAUUGUAAUGGAAAUAUUUAUCUUGGAGGAACACCAAAUAUUAUCCUAAUGACUGGUCAAAAGUAUACUCAAGGAUUUAAUGGUUGUAUAAAUGCUAUUGAACUUCAGAAUAUUGAAGAACAAAUAGACUUCGGAACAAAAGCAUUAUCUGGAGUUAAUGUUAAACCUUGCAGCGAUGACGAUGGUGACGAUGAUGAAGAUGACGACAAUGGUGACGAUUUUGUAAAUUAAGCAAUAAAUUAAGAAAAUAAACUUUUAAAAAAAUUUCCAAAUGGAAAAACGAAAAAAUUGCCUAGCAAAUAAAAAAAAAAAACGA